AAAAUGUUGUCACCGAAAAUUAUUAUAACAAUAUUAUUUAGUAUAACAUUGAUUAAUAUAAUUAAUUCAACGAAAGUAUGUUAUGAUGACAUCGGAUGCUUUACUACAACCGGUCCUUUAAAACAAACAAAAUUAUUGCCUGAAUCUCGCGACAAAAUCGACAUUAAAUUCAUAGCCUAUACAUCCGAAUCACCUGAAGAGGAACAGGAGGUAACUCCGGAUUUAUCGGAAGAUCAGGAUAUUAUUAAUAUUGAAAAACCUCUGGUUUUUGUCAUUCAUGGCUAUAACAAUACGGGUAAAACAAAAGAAUUGGUUCAUCUUAAAGAUUCACUUCUCAAAUACGGACAAAUUGGUACAGUAAUCAUAGUUGACUGGGGAAAUGGUGCCCAACCGCCCAAUUUCCCACAGGCGGCAGCCAAUACUCAACUAGUCGGACAUCAAGUGACUUACUUUGUUAAUAGUCUAAUCAAAUCACUAGGACUUGAACCGAAAAAUGUCCAUUUGAUUGGUUUUAGUUUAGGGGCACAAAUCUCGGGAUUUGCCGGCAAAAACUCAAAAUCAAAAUACCAGUGGACUUAUGGUCGCAUUUCYGGCCUCGAUCCGGCACAACCAUUUUUUGAAGGCUUUCCCGGUUCUCAUCUAACCAAAGAUGACGCAGAUUUUGUUGAUGUUAUUCACACGAGUGCCGGCAAAGAUACGAAAAAGGGUGAGUUUGGUUUCACUCAACCCAUUGGACACAUCGACUUCUAUCCACAUAAUGGUAAACAUCAGCCCCGAUGUAAAGAUCAAUCAGAUAUAUGGUGUAAUCAUCUCUCGGCUAUACUAUAUUACGACUCCUCGCUUAGCAAUGCUGAUCAAUACCAGUGUACGGCAUACAAGUGCCCCAAUUGGGAGGAAUUCAUUCACAAGAAAUGUAAUAAAAGGGGUGAUUCUCGUAUGGGUUUCUAUAGUAUUACAAAACCUGGUCGUGGAGUACACUAUCUUCAAGUAUCUAAAGACGAACCGUUUUGUGAAAACUAAUUAAAUGUAAAUUUGAUUAAUUGAUUGUAAAUUUAAUGAGGAUUUUUUAA